AUGAGAAAAUAUUCUCAUUACAUUUCCGAGGUGUACCUUCAACUUCCAAAUUCAGAAUUAACGUCGGCCGCCAGUGGCCCUGACCGGGAAGCAACGCUGUCUGAAUCCCACCGGACACCUCUUGGCUGCCACCCCCCACCCCCGCCCCCCGAUUUCAGAUCCGAAGAGACUGGAUCGGCAGGAAGGGAUAGGCGAAAGGGGCCGCGCGGGAGGGGCGCGGAGAGAAGGGUCCUUCAAUUAACCUGCCCUGAGCGAGAAGCUGGCGUCAGGAACGCCUCCCCCGGCCGGGGCCUGGCUGCUCCGGGGACACCAGCGACACAUAGCACACACUGCCGCGGAUCCCCGGGCGGCCGCGGACGCUGUGCACCCAGGCUUCGGGGCCGCGGGAGGUGGAAGGGGUGGGGUGGGGGGCUCACCGAAUGGAAUUUGGCGGGUGGGGCGGGAUGGGAGGGAGGGCGGGCGGUCACUAGGCCUCAGGCCGCCAAGGCCCUGCUGCUUUCGGGACUCAAUCAACCCCCAACGACAACCAGCCAGCCGGCUCUUUCCCCCACUCCACCCUGCAAAGGGCACGGGCUCCAGCAGCAACCAGGGCACCGCGCCAGGGGGAUGCGGGGGGGAUGGGGGUCCUCGGGUGGACAAGAGGAUGCAGGCGCCAGCGCGUCCCCAGAUGCUCACCCGAGACGGUGUCAGCCAAGCUGGGGAGAGGGAGGGGGGCGGCGAGCAUCGCGCAGCCAAGGGGACCCCCCAGGACCCCAAAGGGACAGGCGUGGCCCGGUCCGGCACGACCCCCGGCGCCGCCGCACCACCCAGCUCUCCCGCCCGCCGCGGCCCAGGGCCGCAGACGCGCCAGGCAUGUAUUUACCUGCAAACGAAAGCCGCCCCUCCUGCCAAGGGCGGAGUGGCCGCCGCCGCCGCCCCCCCAACGCAAGGAGCCGCCGCCGCCGCCACCCAGCAGCGGUUCUUCCUCGAAGACCGCGGCAGGGAGGGCCCACGAAUGCCCGGACUGCCCGGACGACUGCCGACUGCGAGCCCAGCGGCCGCCCUUUCUCUACAUCAGCUUCUCCCGGGCGCCAACCGCCGCAGCCACCGCCAUCUUAG